GCUAUUCUCCAACGAGUCGAUUUGUGUUUGAACCAAGACGUCACUAAAAAGGACGGGAGGAUCAUUUCCGAUGAAGUUCUCCUCGAUUUUCCUUCUCUCAAAAAGUGGGACAGUUACAUCAACUUCAUUGCAGGAAAGCACACACACACAAAGCAGUUGUAUGAGACAAUCCAAUAUGUCGAAUUGAACUGGCUGAUCCAUUUUGAGCUUCACACCCCAUUUGUCUUGUCUUACUAUAAAUACUGGACUGAACUUGUUCCCAAAGACGACGUGCCAAAGUUUCCAGGCUUUGAGUUGUUCAAAAUGGACAUCUUCCGGUUGGUCAGCAUCAAGUUGAAAGAAGAAGCGCCACUGACACAAGAGAUGGCUGCUGUGCUCGUUUGUUUCGGGGUGUUACACAAAGACACAUUACAGGCAUUUUUGGAAAAGAUGAAAGAAAAAGAGGAUAUUUUAGGAGAUACUGGAAAGAAGUCACUCUUCGGGUUUUACCACCUGAUCUUUGACGAACUCAAGUCCAGAAAAAUAAUCCCAACAAAGUACCUCGAUCUUUCAAAGACUGGUUGUGCCGCAAUUAUUUGA